CUACUUAGAGCAUAUGAAUACUGUUUCUCCAUGCAUUGUUAACAUUACACCGUAUGAGUAUGCAAUAUUGUGCAAUACUUGUAAAAGAACGAUUUUAUUCGGCUCAAGAAAGAUCAUGGCUUAGCGUUUUAAACAAAAUAGACGCACGUUUCCCACAUAAACAAAGACAGCAUAAAAUCUGGACGAAAAUCCUUUAUGUGUCAUCCAUUUCAGAACCAGGCCAAACCGUCAUCAUAACAAUACACACAUUUCACCAGCUCUAUCAUCGGGACAUUUUAAUUAAAUGCGGGUCAGCAAUUUGUUUUGGUCACAUAUCUGAAGUGGGGAUAUUUUCCAAUCGCCCACUUGCAAGAUCUAAAAUCCCAUUCCCAGGAUGGCUACAGCAUCUCUUGAAAGUCAAGGCAUCGUGGAGGAUGAGAAUAUUGAAGUAAAAGCAACUUCCAGUAUGUCUUCAGUGAGCAGCUCUUCCCAAGGAAGGAGUGUGCAGCAGAGAGAGAGUUCCAGUGUAGGCAAUCUGUAUACUUCUGUACCAUAUGGUUCUGGAGCUUCCAGUUCUCAACGUUCAUUGAGUCCAAACUCUGGCCUUGCUGUGCCGCAUGUGGCCACAUCAAGAUUGGCCUCUGUAGAGCUGAAAAAAGAUCUUAAUGAGCCCAACGCUAAGUCUCAGGCACAGAGCACGAGAGGACGUAGGUCUUCCAUUCGACCGUUUUUCUGUUGUGGAAGUGAAUUGUCACUUGUAAGUCUAGUGGAUGGAUUAGAAUUGAAAGAAAGUCAUCCUCAGGGUAAAAAAGUGGAUAAAGCUAGGAGUGGUUGCUCGACAGAAGAAGAAGGUUCACUUCUUCAAAGUCAGCCAACCUGUAGGCUAAGUGAAGUUUCAUCAGCAAAAGGAGCCUCAAAUCAAGCAGUUGUUAGAAGAAAGAAAAAAGAGAAGCAAAAUCUGAAAAAGAAGUUUGGGAGUCUUCGCUUCAGGGGCAGGUGGAACCCUCGUCUUCGCUCAUCACAACCGUCUCGCUCUGCAAGUUAUCGCUGUGACCUGUCCCACCACAGCCCCGCGACGGGAUGUCCUGGGACAUACCACAUUGUGGGUUCCCCUGGCUCCAGCAGGCAAUCCCCAAGAACAAGGCCAUUGUCUGCUGCCAGUCACCUCAUUGACUUGGCAAGUGUUCAUGACUUUGACAGAUUGUAUCCAGUGGAAGACAUGCAUGACAUCAUUGUCAGGGAAAGAGCAGAAGAAAUAAACUCAGGAAUAGAAGUUGAUGCAAGUCUUUUUGCAAGAAAUUUCCGACCUCACCACGAUGCUUCUGGUUCUGCUUUGGCGGAAGGAAGACUGAGGUGUUUCUGUUCUUUCAAUUCCGAUUCAGUGCUGAACACCCCAGAGUCUCCCACUGAAGACUACUCUGUACUGAUGAACAGUCUGGUACGACAGUUCCAGGGACCAAGAAGUGGAUCUGUCUGUGAUGGGCACAUGUCACCCCGCAUACACACUCAAGUUGACUUCAUCCACUGCCUUAUGCCCGACCUUGUUCACAUCAUGUCCUGCCCGUUUUACUGGGGAGUCAUGGAUAGGUACGAAGCCGAACGUUUACUGGACAAUAAGCCGGAAGGCACUUUCCUUUUGAGAGACAGUGCACAGGAGGACUUCCUGUUUUCUGUGAGCUUUCGACGUUACAAUCGGUCACUCCAUGCCCGGGUCGAACAGUGGAAUCACAGAUUCAGCUUUGAUGCUCAUGACCCAGCUGUGUUCUCUGCUCCAACGGUGUGUGCUUUGAUGGAGCACUACAAAGACUCAAGUCUGUGUAUGUUCUUUGAGCCCAUGCUUACAAGGCCUUUGCCAAGGAAUUUUGUAUUUUCUCUCCAGCACAUUUGUAGAUCUGUAAUUUGUGACAAGCUGAAGUAUGAUCAAAUUAGAGUCUUGCCAAUACCAAACAGUCUCAAACAAUUUUUACAAGUUUAUCACUACAAACAGAAAGUUCGUGUGCGGCAUUUUGAUGGGCCAGAAGUGGCAUAUGCUGAUACAAACUUAGUUAUAUAAGUUUGUGAAUUCAAAGCCUUCUCUCAAAUCAGGGCCACGGUGUUCAACACAUAGAAUUUGUAAGUUGAGCUUGUCCAAUUGAACUGAACUGUACAAACAUAUUUUCGAGAGCAUGCUCUGGUGAUGUUGGGUUCAAAUUAGUUUUAUUUUUACAAUGUGUUUCAUGGUUUAUCAUAUGUAAAUUAUGUAAAGUUCUGACCUUGAAAAAAAAAGGUUUAAAGGUUUUUGAUGUGAGGACAGGUAUGUAAUAUUUUUGCAUACAGGUGAUAAGUAUUGAAUACUGUCCACACAAAUGGGAUUGUUGCAACAAUGUUUGAAUACAGUAAUGAUGCAGUAUUAUUCUUGG